AUGGGCCUCCCACGAGGUCAUCUCCGUUCCUUCUCCACCGCCGCCGUCCGCCUUCACCGGCCUCCCUCCGGCUCCAUCUCUCACGAGGUCAAGGACAAGAAAGAAUGGCAGCUGGAGCUGGAGCAGCAAAUCGCCCGCGGGCAGCUGGCCCUUGCCCGCCAGGUGUUUGACAGAAUCCCCGCGCCGGACGCUCGCGUUUACAACGCGCUCAUCCGCGCCUACUCCUGGCGCGGCCCCUUCCACGCCGCCAUCGACCUUUACCGCUCUAUGCUCUACUUCCGCGUGCCCCCCAACAAGUACACCUUUCCCUUCGUCCUCAAGGCAUGCUCCGCGCUUGCUGACCUCCGUGCUGGCCGCACCAUCCACGCCCACGCCGCUGCCGCGGGCCUCCAUACCGACCUGUUUGUCUCCGCCGCCCUCAUCGACCUGUACAUCAGGCGCGCCCGAUUUGGCCCUGCAGCCAACGUCUUCGCCAAAAUGCCCACGAGGGACGUUGUUGCAUGGAACGCCAUGCUUGCGGGCUAUGCAAACCAUGGCAUGUACCAUCAUGCCAUUGCCCACUUCCUUGACAUGCAGGACCGUGGCGGCCUCAGGCCGAAUGCCUCCACGCUUGUUUCCCUCCUUCCGCUUCUUGCCCAACAUGAGGCGCUCUUCCAAGGAACAAGCGUCCAUGCCUACUGCCUUCGUGCCUAUCUCGAUCAAAACGAGGAACAAGUGCUUAUUGGAACUGCGCUGCUGGAUAUGUAUGCCAAGUGCAAGCACUUGGUUUAUGCUUGCAGGGUGUUUCAUGGCAUGCCUAUCAGGAAUGAGGUCACUUGGAGCGCGCUUAUUGGAGGCUUUGUGUUGUGUGACAGAAUGACAGAAGCUUUCAAUCUGUUCAAGGACAUGCUGGUAGAAGGACUGUGCUUUCUCUCCGCAACCUCUGUUGCAAGCGCCCUUAGGGUCUGUGCCAGCCUGGCUGAUCUUCGUAUGGGUACACAGUUGCAUGCUUUGCUUGCUAAAUCUGGAAUCCAUGCUGAUCUCACUGCAGGCAACUCGCUUCUCUCGAUGUAUGCCAAGGCUGGCUUGAUGAACGAAGCAAUGAUGCUCUUUGAUGAGACUGCCAUCAAGGACACAAUCUCUUAUGGUGCACUUUUGUCAGGGUAUGUGCAGAAUGGUAAGGCAGAGGAAGCAUUUCUUGUCUUUAAGAAGAUGCAGGCCUGCAAUGUGCAGCCAGAUAUUGCGACGAUGGUGUCUCUGAUCCCAGCUUGUUCUCAUCUGGCUGCUUUGCAGCAUGGGAGGUGCAGUCAUGGCUCUGUCAUAAUCCGUGGGCUUGCAUUAGAAACCUCUAUAUGUAAUUCUUUGAUCGAUAUGUAUGCAAAAUGUGGAAGGAUUGAUCUGUCCAGGCAGGUUUUUGACAAGAUGCCAGCUCGGGAUAUUGUAUCAUGGAAUACAAUGAUUGCAGGAUAUGGAAUUCAUGGACUGGGGAAAGAAGCUACUACAUUGUUCCUAGGUAUGAAGAAUCAAGGUUUUGCACCAGAUGAUGUCACCUUCAUCUGUCUAAUAGCUGCGUGUAGUCAUUCUGGACUUGUGACUGAAGGGAAGCACUGGUUUGAUACGAUGACACACAAGUAUGGUAUACUUCCAAGGAUGGAGCACUAUAUAUGCAUGGUUGAUCUUUUGGCAAGAGGUGGUUUCCUUGAUGAGGCCUAUCAGUUUAUCCAGAGCAUGCCACUGAAAGCUGAUGUUCGUGUAUGGGGAGCCUUGCUUGGAGCUUGCCGGAUUCAUAAGAACAUUGAUUUAGGAAAGCAAGUGUCAAGGAUGAUCCAGAAACUAGGACCUGAGGGGACUGGCAACUUUGUUCUGCUGUCCAACAUAUUCAGUGCUGCUGGAAGAUUUGAUGAGGCAGCAGAAGUUCGAAUAAUACAGAAGGUCAAGGGCUUUAAGAAGAGUCCUGGCUGCAGUUGGAUCGAGAUAAACGGCUCCUUACAUGCAUUUGUUGGUGGAGACCAAUCUCAUCCAUGUUCACCUGACAUAUAUCACGAACUUGAUAAUAUCCUGGUAGACAUUAAGAAACUGGGCUACCAGGCUGACACCAAUUUUGUUUUGCAAGAUCUGGAGGAAGAGGAAAAGCAAAAGGCACUUCUUUACCAUAGCGAAAAGCUAGCAAUAGCUUUUGGUGUCCUCAGUCUUAAUGAGGAUAAGACCAUUUUUGUUACGAAGAAUAUCCGUGUAUGUGGAGACUGCCAUACUGCCAUCAAGUACAUGACCUUAGUUAGGAACAGGACUAUCAUUGUCAGAGAUGCCAACAGAUUUCAUCACUGCAAGAAUGGGCAAUGCAGUUGUGGAGAUUUCUGGUGA